GAGAAAGAUAGUCAUCAUUCUAAGGAAAAAAAGAAGAAGAAGAAGAAGAAGAAAGGAAGGCAUAAGAGAGUUUGGUUAGGGAGAGAAAAAAGAGGUGUGCUGUGGAGGAAGAAAUGUCAACACCGAGGCAGAUUCGAGAGCAGCAACAGAUGCAGAUUCAACGAGUGAAGAACUCAGGGAUUCUCAGUUCCAAUGGAAGUCCGACGAAGGAUGACAGAGAAGAGGAGAUGUCAAGGUCUGCAUUAGCUAUGUUUCGAGUGAAGGAAGAAGAGAUUGAGAGGAAAAAAUUCGAGGUGAGGGAAAAGGUUCAAGCUCAGAUGGGAAAAGUGGAAGAAGCUUCUAAGCGUUUGGCUGAUAUUCGUGAGGAGCUUGAAGCACUCACAGACCCGAUGAGGAAGGAUGUUGCGAUGGUUCGUAAGAAGAUAGAUAUGGUUAACAAAGAGUUAAAGCCAUUGGGACUGAGCUGCCAGAAGAAGGAGAAAGAAUACAAGGAUGCCCUUGAGGCUUUCAAUGAAAAGAACAAAGAAAAGGCAGAACUAGUUUCCAAGUUAGUGGAGCUGGUUACUGAAAGCGAGAAAUUGCGAAUGAAAAAGCUGGAAGAUUUGAGCAAAAACAUAGACAUCCUGCAAUAAGAUGCUUAAUAAAAUAACCAGUUCAGGGGUGUGUGCUGCAAUUAGAGGUUUUUUUUUUUUUUUUUUUUUUUUUUUGCCCUUUGAUUUUGGGACUUUUGUAAUUUCUGUAUUUGUAUUUCUUUGGAUAUAACAUGAGAAGGUUAUCUCAUUAAGGAAAGGAAAGUCACCAAGAAUAUAGCUUCUCUUGUUGAUUCCCAAAUAUUACCCGCAGUAUUCUCUCAUCAUGUUCCUUUU